AUGGUGAUGAAACUCCGCAACAAGGCCUGGCCUGCCUGGGCCCUCAUGGCUAUGGGCCCUGUCCUCCGCAAACGCCGCGACGCGAAGCGCCGGGAGGACUCCUCCACAGCGCCAGAGUGCGAGGAGCAUGUCUAUGACGCGGAGAGCGGUGCCGGAAUGAGGCGUCGACUGAUUCUUCACGAGGCACAGCACAUGGCCCCAUCCGCUGAUGAGGAGACGCCUUUGACGACCCCACGCAAGGAUGAGGAAGACUUGGAAGCCGAUGCUGCAGGUGGCGACGCGGGUGCAGAGGGUGACGAAGAAGGAGGUGGCGGUGGGGAGUUGUCCAAGAACUUCCGAGAGCUCAUGCAGUACUCCGCCGAAGACAGGAAGGCCGAGAAUUUCGUGCCGCUCGCGGGGAAUAUGUACCGCUACUUUGGAUUGGGCAUUGUGGAGGAUUACAUGACCGUCCAGUCCUUUGGCAUGAUGACGAUCUUCUUUGUGCAGUUGCUAUCCCCACCGGCCUGCCUCGUCCAGAACUUGUACAAGAUGGAUUGGGAACACUGGCAUUUCGGCGUCAGUGAUUGGAUGUACAUGCCUGGCAGCAACAACCACGGCAUCUCCAACUUAUCCAAGCAUGUGGUGGCCACCCUCUUCCUGAUCAUGUUCUGCCUGAACGGGGCCAUGGUCAUCGAGCAGGAUCGUGUCGUGUCGAUGAAGAUCAGCUCAAUGUUGGACCAGAUCGGCAAGGACAUGCCUGACUACUUGAAGGAGGUGAAGUUCGAAUGGCUCUAUGCUGGUCGCAUCAUGAACUGCCUUGUGGUCAUCGAGUGCUCGGUCAUUGUCUACUUUGCCUUCGUCUUGUCGGAGACACCCAUGGAUGUGCUCUUCAACUCCAUGGCCGUGACCUUCCUCUACAACCUGGAUGACAUCGGAGGGGAGAUGGGCUUCCUGGGCGAUGAUGACUGGGAUGGCGAGGAGUUGGGGAAGCUCUACUACAACUCCGUUUCUCAGCUCAUGGAUGACAAGGGCAUCACCGAGGCGGGCUUCGAUCCUGACACCAUUGCGGAGUGCAAGUACAUGCGCAACUACUACAGCCAUUGGGCCUACAAGGUGGCAGAACCUUUGAUGUACGCCCUGACCGUCGUACUUCCAUUGAUGUACGUCUUCAUCGAUGACUUGCACUGCAAGCCUGGCGACCUGAAGGUGGAAGUCUACGCGCUCAAGAAGCAGGUUCAAGACCUUCUGGAGAAGGUCGGCUGA